GGCGAUGGAGCGGAAGAUGGCGGCUGUGAGGAGGCCCGAGGCGCGCUCUGCGGUCAUGCUGCUUUUGGUUCUGCUCGCUGUUUUCGCGACUGGACAAUGCACAGAACAGGUUCCUCUGUUGAUGUGGACCAGCAGCGGGUUUUCAUUGACACCCCAGACCGGCCCAGCCGCAGGUCACACCGUGUCACUAAGCGAGCUCCAGUCCUACAUGAACACAGCGUUCAGAUCUGCACCUCACAAUGUCCUGCUGUUCUUUCAGGAUAAGUUGAGUAUUGAUGACUUUACCAAGUAUGCCGGUGUGUUUGGGAACAAACAGAGCAGCGCCUUUCCCAAUCUGGAGGCUACUCUGCAGUCGUCCUCAUCCCUGCUUCUGCCAUCGGUGUGGUCCUCUGCCAGUUCCUCUCUCCCGACACUGCUGCAGGACGAGCUAAACACGGCGCCGCUCUACAUGGACCCUGACACGCUGGCUCAGCUGAGACUCAACGCCUCUCUCCCUGCGCUGCUCAUCUUCAGUCUGCCCUACAGCUCCUCUGGGGCUGAUAUGAUGUCUGUUAAAGAGGUACUCAGUGGUAACGAUGAGGUGAUGAAUCAGGUGCAAAAAAUUAUGGGUAGUCAGUCUGUCCCUUACACAGCCAUCUACACUGCUCUCCGCCCUUCACGGGUGAUAGAGGAGGUGCUUCCGGAGGUGCGUUCUGUCGGAGCACGCUCUCUGCUGCAGUACCGGCGUGAGGGCCCUCCUGCUCCCUACGCCCCUGUGGAGUUUAUGGAGCGCGGCUCUGCCUGCAUUCUGCUGUGGGCCAAGAACCUGACUGUCAGCGUAUAUCGCUCGGGAAAGUGGGAGAGACACAACCUCAGCCCUAAAACCUUUGGAGAGGGGGUUUCUCCUAACCUAGAGGGGUCCUCCUGUAACGCCACACACUCCAGGCUGGUCCUGAACUACGAAAAUGUGUUAAACUACCGCUCUUUCAAACUUAUCUUUCUCAUGAGUCAGAGGCACUAUAAGGUUUCAGCACGCCGCUGGUUCACUAUGGAUCGGGUUCAACUGGAGUACGACAGACAAACGGCUUCGUUUAACGCCAGCCACAGUAUCUAUGCUCCGGCCGAGUACUCGUACCGCUGUCACUCUGUCACCAGCUUCCGCUACCCACAGCUCACACCCCACUCGUCCAAGGACGACGCCAACAACUGGAGGAUCGCUUUCGAUGACUUCCAGAUCCAGGGCUUUAACGUGACAGGGAAGGAGUUCGAUUACGCCAGCGACUGCGCUGGGUUCUUCACCCCGGGCAUCUGGAUGGGUCUACUCACCUCCGCGCUCAUGGUCCUGGUCCUCACCUACGGCCUGCACAUGAUCAUGCAGCUGCACACCAUGGACCGCUUCGACGACCCCAAAGGCCCCGCCAUCUCCGUCCCACAGACCGAGUAACAAGCCCCACCCCUCUUUAUCCCAUAUUUAGUAACAAGCCCCUCUCCAUCCCACAGACUGAUGACAAGCCCCGCCCCUCUUCAUCCCACAGACUGAUGACAAGCCCCGCCCCUCUUCAUCCCACAGACUGAUGACAAGCCCCGCCCCUCUCCAUCCCACAGACUGAUGACAAGCCCCACCACUUGUUGCCCCACAGAGUAACAAACUCUGCUCUUUGCCGCCCCACAGACUGAGCACAAAGCCCCACCCCCCUCCAUCCCACUGACUGAAGACAAGACACUGACUGAGUGACCUGCCCUGUGUUUCUCCAUCCUGCGAAAUGAGUGACAAGCUCUGCUGCUUUCCAUUCCAGCCUGAGUAAUAAGCCUCACCCUUUUCAAUUCCAGACUGAGUAGUAAGCCCCGUCCUUCCCAUUACAGACUGAGUAAUAAGCCCCGCCCUUUUCCAGUCUAGACUGAGUAGUAAGCCCCGCCCCUCUCCAUCCUUCAGACGUCCUCAUUUCAGUGCAAUAUGAGUAAACCAUUCCAUUUUUUCUUUCUUAAAAAAAUGUGUGUAUUUUGAGUAUUAUCAUUUUCAUGUUCUGAUGUGUUAAUAGUGUGUUUAAAUUGAAGAGGCGCUUUUGAGGUUUGCUUACAACAUCAGAGGAGAUGUGUGCAGACGUGUUUGGUAUCAGACGUCUGUUUGUUUGGUCUAACAGUAAUUUAACAGUAGUGUUUCACAUGGGGCACUAAGGAUCCGAGUGCGUGUGUGUGUGUGAAUGUGUGUGUGUGUGUGUGUCAGACUCUGAGAGGAGGCGUGGUCUAAACUCUCAAGGUUUGGUUUGAAACAGUACUUUAAAACUGUUACACCAGAUUUCUGUUUUUAAGUGUCUAAGGAGUUUUAGUGAAACACUGCUGUGUUGUGUCUGGGGUUAUUCCGAGUUCUACCACUAGAGGGCAGCGGGUCUUAUUGAAGUAUAUUCCUAUUCAUAAUAAAUAAGUGAAAAGAUCUGUGAUGUUUUACGCUCAGCACCUUCUGUUUCAGAUUAUUAAUGACUGCACUGUCUCCAAACUCAGAAAAUGAGAUGUUUAUGUAAGUUUCCCACAAGAUGGUGAUAUUUAUUUAUUUAGAAAUAUAAAUUGGUUGUUUGAACGAAAUGUGUAUGUAUAUUAUGAUGAAAUCAUUGCAGUCCAGUAGCUAGAUGAACGUAUUUAUUUGUAAAAUGUGUGCAUUGUUGUUGUUCAUUACUGUGGAAUGUGUGUUAAUAAGAUUUAAAUAUAUUUUGGGUUAUGUAAGCUGUAAACACCUGGGGAAUUUACUGGCCUAAAUAUUAGUGAAAAAAUUAUGUAGAUGAAAUAAAUCCUCUCGCUAUACAACAUGGAAUUAAUUAAAGGGACAGACUUACAACAUUAUUACUUAUUUAUUCAUUUCAGCAGGAAUCUUUUCAAUUCAAUUAUUUAUUUCAUUAUUAAUAUAAUCUGAGAUAAAAGGAAUGUUUAUAUUAAUGGGAGAUGAAUUAUUGAUGGUGUUUGUAAGUAAAAUUUAUGUGAAUCGCAGCAGUGAAAUCCUGAUCCAGUGUGAAUCAUUACAGUGUGAAAUAAAUGUACAGAAAA